AUGGAACUGAAGAAAAUUGUGUUAUGUGAUCCCUGCAAGUACGAUGAUACAACUAAAAGCGCAAAGAAGUGGUGCACGUACUGCGAAGAGGGAUUCUGUGUGGACUGUGAGAAAGUUCAUAGGUCAACAAAAAUUUCAAGAGACCACAGACUUAUUUCAGUUGAUGAUUAUGAAAACCGUUAUGAUCUGAUCAGCGUCAAUCUGAAUUGCGGAAUUCAUUGUAAAAGGCUCGAAUUAUACUGUAUCAAACACAAUGAGGAAAUUUGUGUAGCUUGUAUAACAUCUAAUCAUAAAGGCUGUCGGGAUAUUAUGCUAAUAGAAAAUGUCGCAAAAAUUGCAAAAUGCUCAACAUCAUUGAACGAUUUGUUCACGAUAAUGUCGAAAAUGUUAAAUAACGUUGAAUGUUGCAUCAAAGACCGGGAAAUGUUAACAUCGAAAAUUGAUGAAGAAGAACAAUUUAUUAAGAAAACUAUUUAUGACACUCGAAUGUCCCUCAACAAACGCCUUGAUGAACUGGAACAAAACUUACUUAUUGAACUUAAAUCAAAAUAUGAAACUUCAAAGGCAAAAAUAAAAAGUUCUCUAAAAAACCUUGAACUCGUAAAAACAGAACUGGAAAACAUUAGUAAAAUGGCAGUACAGCUCACGGAAUUCGCGUCUGAUCUUCAGAUAUUUCUUGCUACACGUCAAAAAGCCACAAAACUUGAAAAAAUAAGCAAGGGAAUCAAUGACAAUCUGAGACUCGAAAAUAAUUUUAGUUUUAAGAUAGAGCUACAUCCUAUGAUAUUGACGUUGCAAAAGGAUAUCAAACAAUUUGGAGAAAUCAAACUUACAGAGCAAAAUGCAGGUCUCCAGUUUCAGGAUGAAAAGAUUGACCAAGCCCAGAAACGAAUACAUGAAUUAAAGCUAGAUUUCCAUGGCAAGAACCUUCAACUGAAAACGACAUUUGAUCUAAAACAUGUUGAAUAUUCAAUCACUGGUUGCAUACUCUUACCAGACGAAAGGAUCAUAGCUGCAGUUUCCGACCUGAAAAAGUCGUUACAAGAAUAUAAUAUGAUCAGUGGCGAAAAUAUUCGUGAUAUACCUGUCUCAGGUUCUCCUUUCGAUCUAACGACAAUAGAUACUCAUAGAAUUGCUGUUACGUAUGGUUAUGGUAAAUUUAUUGAGGUAAUAAACAUGCAAACGAAUGCUGUCACUGUCGAGAAAAAGAUAAACUGUGAUGGUAACUGCUGGGGAAUUUCAUACCAAGAUGGAAAACUUUAUGUUGCAGUGUGCAAAAAAGGAAUAUUGGUAACAAACACUUCUGGAAACAUUUUAAAUACGAUCCGGUGCAAUCCGCAUUAUAUAACAACAACUUAUGACAGUAUAUACUACACAAAUGGUAGCCGCGAUACUGUGAACUGCUGCACCAUGACAGGACAAGAGAUAUGGAAUUUUACGGAUACAUUGACAGAUGAGCUUGAGGGUAUAUCAGUGGACCAUGUCCUAGUGGUGUGUCGUAUGUGGAACAGUCUUAAACUAAUACAACGCGAUGGGAAAGACAGUAAGACCUUGCUUACCAUGGUAGAUGGCCUCAAUCAUCCAUCAGUUGUGUGUUACAAUAAAGACCUGAAACUGAUGUGA